CGGGGAGGGCCGGGCGCAGACUGCAGCUUCCGUGAGGCCGAGCGCGAGCGAGCCUCCGCCAGAUGCGGAUGGGGCCGCAGACUCUGCGCCCGGGUUGACUUCCGACUGCGCUGUUCGCCUUGCUGCCCGCCUUGGAAGUGGCGCUGGGGCUCUGCCCACCAGUACCAUGACUCCCAUGAGGACCCAGCACUCGUUGGCAGGUCAGACCUACACAGUGCCCCUCAUCCAGCCCGAUCUGCGGCGAGAGGAGGCCAUCCAGCAGAUAGCAGAUGCCCUGCAGUACCUGCAGAAGGUCUCCGGAGACAUCUUUAGCAGGAUCUCCCAGCGAGUGGAACUGAGCCGGAGCCAGCUGCAGGCCAUUAGGGAGAGGGUCUCCUUAGCCCAGGCCAAGAUUGAGAAGAUCAAGGGCAGCAAGAAGGCCAUCAAGGUGUUCUCCAGUGCCAAGUACCCAGCUCCUGAGCACCUGCAGGAGUACAGUUCCAUCUUCACGGGUGCCCAGGACUUUGGCCUGCAGAGACGCCCCCGCCACAGAAUCCAGAGCAAACACCGCCCCCUGGAUGAGCGGGCCCUGCAGGAGAAACUGAAAUACUUCCCUGUGUGUGUGAACACCAAGUUGGAACCUGAGGAUGAGGCCGAGGAAGGGCUUGGGGGUCUUCCCAGCAACAUCAACUCCGUCAGCUCCUUGCUGCUCUUCAACACCACUGAGAACCUGUACAAAAAGUAUGUCUUCCUGGACCCCUUGGCUGGUGCUGUAACAAAGACCCAUGUGAUGCUGGGCGCAGAGACAGAGGAGAAGCUAUUUGAUGCCCCUUUGUCCAUCAGCAAAAGAGAGCAGCUGGAGCAACAGGUAGAAAUAGACGAUGGUUGGGUGGGUGCAGGUACAGCUGCGUGA